AUGCUCAUUAACCGUCUGCCAUGCUGGUCGCAUUGCUUGUCUCAUCCUCGCCUCUUCCUGCCUACAGAUGGGCCAGUCAUCCGAGACACUGUACAAUCCACGGUGGCCGCCUCCUACGGCGAUGUGGUGGAGCUGGAAAGGCGGAGAGACACGAUUGCUCUGCCCAGUUUGGCCGGCGAGCCAAUGGCACUGAAGGCUCUGGACCGCGUCACCUUCCCCGCUUACGGCAACUCGGGCGCUCUCAUCCUCGACUCAACCGAACAUCAAGUAGGCGCUCAUGACUGA